AUGAAAAGCAAAAAAAAUAUUCUCAUCGGUUGCACCGGGAGUGUGGCCACCAUCAAGCUGCCCGUGUUGGUCGAGAAGCUGCAACAACUGGAAGACGCGGAGUUCGACGUGGAGAUACGCAUUAUCGUGACGGAACAUGCGCGACACUUUUUCGCUCCUGCCGAUCUACCGGAAUCGGUCCUGGUACACACGGACGCAGAUGAGUGGAACAGCUGGCAACGGCGCGGUGACCCGGUGCUACACAUUGAACUGGGCAAGUGGGCCGAUCUACUCGUCAUAGCUCCGCUGGAUGCGAACAGUCUAGCGAAGAUGGCAUCCGGGCUGUGCGACAAUCUGCUGCUUUGCACAACCCGUGCCUGGGAUCCACAGAAACCGUUGCUCUUCUGUCCGGCCAUGAAUACGCGCAUGUGGGAGCAUCCGAUCACGGCAUCACAAAUCGAAACGUUGAAAUCGUGGGGUCACCGAGAGGUUCCCUGCAUAGCGAAAACGUUGAUGUGUGGUGAUACAGGGUUAGGGGCGAUGGCGGAAGUCGAUACAAUCGUCGACGCCGUUCGCAAUACCUUGUUGCAUGGGGGAGCCGAUCUGGGUGGUGGGUAAUGUGAAUAAUAAAUUUUCUUU